CAGGAACAACAGAGAUGUCGAUUUAACUUAUUUGUGUUACCGUACACUUACUAGCGUUUAAGUUUAAUAUUAUUUUGUUUCGAUUUUAUUCCUGAGCUUUGAGCAUGUGUGCAAUAUUAUCCAUAUUGAAAGAGAUAUGAUGUAGGGAUGUUGCUAUAAUGUGUAUAUUUGGGAUUAAAACUUAGUAAUACUCAAUGCAAAUGCAGUUGUAAGUUGUAAUUGAAAUCUAAAUGGCGCGCAUCCGGCGUGGAGCGCGGCGCGCAUGUUCGCGCGAAGCGAUAUAUUCAACUUUGGUAGAACACGCGCGGCAUCGCUUCCACUAUUCGUGCGGAUCGAAAGCUCCGAGCUGGUGCGCGGUGCGUGUCGUGUGCAAUUCAACAACACAGAAAAACUUUUUUGUACAUCCAAUGCAGUGAUUUAAAAUGGAGCAAACUCCGCCGAAACUAUGCGGUGUGCGUCUUCGUUCGCAGAAUAAAAUUGAAGAACCGCCGAAGACACGGAGUGUGACUGUGGCAAUCAAACGUGAAAGUUCCGAUGAUGAUUUUAAGGAAUACGCCGAAACAGCCAUGAACGAGCUGCUCGGAUGGUAUGGCUACUCAAACAACAAUAACAAGCUCAUCAAUAAAAUGCUGCAGAUGAAUUCCAAGACCGAUGAGCAUGAUAAGACUGAUAAGCCACAACAGGUGGAAACACGGCGAUCUUCCGGUAAUAGUUCCGAGACAGACUCACCGAAAUCUGCUGAAAUGUGUGGAUGGUGUGGCAAGACUGUCGAGGACCCACCGGGCCUCUCAUCGAACGAUGCUGUCUUCUGUUCGGAGCUGUGCUUCUCGCAAUCACGCCGGGCGAACUUCAAGAAGAAUAAAACUUGUGAUUGGUGCAAACAUGUGAGGCAUACUGUGUCCUACGUUGAUUUUCAGGAUGGAGCUUCCCAACUGCAGUUCUGUUCGGAUAAAUGUCUAAAUCAGUAUAAGAUGCAUAUAUUCUGUCGUGAAACCAGGGCGCAUUUAGAAAUGAACCCGCAUUUGCUUAACGACGACACCUCUUCGGGUCUGAUCACUCCGGACCUCUGGAUGCGUAAUUGUCGUUCACCUGGUUCGAGAACUUCCUCACCACAACCUGUUAUGCAUGUGGAUGAACCCCAAACAAGUCCUUUACCUUUAAUCACUGUUGCUCAUCCUUCUAAAUUAUUGGUCCCUGAGAAGACACCUCCACCUAUGAAACGCAAACGUACCAAAAAACGUGCUGGUCUACCACCAAAUAAAACCAGUGAUGUGGCGCAGGAUUUACGUGUGCGUCGACAUCACACCUUCACUGAAACCAACACAAAUCGAGAUUUCCCUGAAUUGGCCGCUAGACUCUGCGCAAAUGGUCCUGAACCACGUGAGCAGACCAUACCAGUUAAUAUCACAACAGUCCCACCACCUCCUCCGCCAUUUCCACAUCAAAGACCAUUUUUACCUGCUAUGGGAGUACCACGCGCAGGGAUAUUACCUCCAGUUACUGUAAUGGUACCCUACCCUGUUCUACUUCCGGUUCCGGUACCCAUACCAAUUCCAUUGCCGUUCAGCGCAUUCCUACAAGCAGCCAAUCUACGAAAUACUCCUCUGACACAAAAUGGCGCUCCACCAAGCGUUGAAGAAAGUGUCAAACACAGCGACGAUGAAGAAAUCGUCGUUGAUGAUGAUUCCAGACUGAAUACACAAUCUACAAGUGGUGAUCCAGUGGACACACCGCAAAACUCACCGCUGCGUUUACGAAAACGUAAAUCCAGCGAGAAUCCAAGCUACAAACAUAAGAAAUCCUUGUCGGUGUAGAUAGUACAUUUCCAUGUGUGUUUAUUUAUUGAUGUAUGGUGCUGGUAUUUGAUUUGUAUUUUAAUAAAACUAACAAUACAA